AUGCACCUUUUGAAAAGAUCUGUGUCCAUUAUUUAUAACCUCCGUUUUCAAAGUUCAUUUUUGGGAUCAUUUUACACAAUGUCAUCGGCAUCACUUGAACCUAUCAGUUUACCCCAGAAGAGACCGUUAGGUCGCCCAGAGUCCACAAAACCCCCCAAGAAAAUCAAGAGAAAGUACAACAAGAAGAAGAAUGUAGAUCCAACGUCGCCUGGAGGAGUUUUGGGAUUUGAAAUUGAACAUCUUUGCAAAGAGCAUGGUUUAUCACUAGCUGACAUUUCCAAUCCAAUGGAUGUUAUCCUGAAUGACAGCUCGAUACAGCAAAAAUAUCAUAGAAUCGUCGACGAAGUGAACGUCUUAUCUCUCACCUCGAACGGUGACGGUAUAGCUCUCAUUGAUGGGCCUGCGGAAACAAACACCAAGAAGCAGGUCGCUAUAGUGCCGUUUGGCCUGCCUGGAGAUGUAGUUUCCAUCAAAGUUUUCAAAUCUCAUCCCUUACAUGUUGAAUGUGAUCUUCUUAAAAUACUAUCCCCAUCAAGUAUGAGGAAUGACUCGCUUGUCGAUUGUAAGUAUUUUGGGGUAUGUUCUGGGUGUCAGUAUCAGCCCAUAGAAUAUGCGCAACAGUUACUACUGAAAAGAGAUACCAUCGUUAAUGCAUACAAGUUCUUUGCUCCUAUACUGACGGCGAGUGGAAAGCUGCCUGACAUGGGCUCUACCGUACCUUCUCCUCUGCAAUACAGCUAUAGGACUAAACUGACCCCCCAUUUUGAGAUUCCAAGACGUAAGACUCAAGAUUUUCAGAAACCUUCGUUUGGUUUCGGAAGUAAAGGUCGUCCUAAGUUUAGACCCGAAAUUGUAGAUGUUAACUCAUCUAUUGUCGAUAUUGAGGAAUGUCUUAUUGGUACCAGCAUCAUCAACACUGGACUUAGUAACGAAAGGAAAAAAUUCGAAUCUACCUACAACAAUUACAAAAGAGGUGCCACGAUCCUUCUGAGAGAAAACACAACUCCUGUAGCAGAUCCACCAGUUGAGACAGGCGAAGGAUCAAGGGAUGGCACUGGUGAAAUAUCAAAAGCUGAAGUGGAGUUACCUGAUGGCUCCAAGCAGUUAAAAACAUGUGUCACCGAACCUCGUCAAAUUGUCACCGAAAUUAUUAACGGAAACAAGUUCCAAUUCUCUGCGGGAGAGUUUUUUCAAAACAACAAUUCUAUUCUUCCAGAUAUCAUCAAGUACGUACAGGAUAACCUGAAGCUAGAUCCCAACGGAGAGAACUACCUAGUUGAUGCGUACUGUGGGUCUGGACUUUUCAGCAUAUCUUGUGCCAGCUCAGUCAAAAAGGUUAUUGGAGUGGAAAUUAGUGCUGAUAGCGUCAAGUUUGCAACACAUAAUGCCGAGUUGAACAAUAUCGAAAACUGUGAAUUUAUCACUGGAAAAGCUGAAAAAAUCUUUGCGGAUAUUCAACUUCCGAGGGACCAAACUUCGAUUAUUCUGGAUCCUCCAAGAAAGGGGUGUGAUGACGUUUUUCUUACUCAAUUAUCAGAGUUCAAACCCAAGAAGAUCAUCUACAUAUCUUGCAAUGUCCACUCACAGGCAAGAGACUUGGAGUAUUUCAUCAAUAAUACCUCCAAUGGAUUCCAAUACAGGAUUGAUAGCAUCAGAGGGUUCGAUUUUUUUCCUCAAACCCACCAUGUUGAGGGAGUGGCAGUUCUUUCAUUGAUAUAG